GCCACCACCUAUGUUCUCAUCCGCAAACGCUAUGUUAGACUCUAUCCUAGUCUCUUGGUCUCAUAUGAUCUAUAUAAACCCUAGUUUUUCGCAGCAAUUGUAUUCUGCAAGGAAAAAAGCAAUAAAUUCCACGUCCAAGCAAAUAAACAUCACAACAACAACUUUACAAAUUGUUACUCUAAGUUCUGAUGGCUGCUCUCAAAUUUUCAAGCGUGGUUGCGGUGAUGUGCAUGGUGUUAGUGACUACACCCUUCACACAUUCGACCACGUGCAGCGAAGUGGUGAGUGCCAUAUCCCCAUGCCUCAAUUACCUUCGGGGUCCUGGCGGAGUGCCACCGGCGAAAUGCUGCGGAGGAGUGAGGAGCCUCAACAGGGCUGCGAGGACCACCGCCGACCGCCGGACCGCGUGCAAUUGCCUGAAAUCGUCUGCUGAUUCCAUUUCUGGGCUUAAUUUCAAUACCGCAGCUUCACUCCCAGGAAGAUGUAGAGUGAGGAUCCCCUACCAGAUUAGCCGUUCCACCAACUGCAACGGGUAUGUUGCACAAUAUUGCAGGAUCAGGUGAUGGCUAAUUGAUCCGGAGAAGAAAGAAAUGGAAGGUGUAUGUAUGUAUGAUAUCUGAUUGUGUUGAAGAACUAAAUAAAUCAAACGGUGAUGAACACUUAUGUGAGUGUUCUUUGUAUCAUUAUGUAUUAACUUCAAACUUUGUUCUACUUA